AUGGAAAUAAGCGACGAACUCUAUUUUUGACUUAAAGAAGCGAAUGUGUUAUUAGCAGACAAUCACUCACAAACAGAGAGUGGAAAAUUCAUGUUGGACCAAGAAACCUCCCGAGCAUUAGAAAAUGGCCUAAAUUUCACUUCCCUCAUAAAGCGUCUCAACCAAAUUCAAAAUAAAUUGGAGCGACUCACAACGCCGAUGCCUGAAAUAAACUCGUUGAAGCAAGUGACAAACGCAUCCACUAAACUCUACAAUUGGAAAGUUUUAUGUCAAGCUUUGGAAAUGCUGAAAGUAACUGUUGAUCCAGAUACUAGGGCUCUUAUAGUAGCUGGGGACAGAGACAUGGUCGUCGAGGUAUUACAACAAAUUUAUGACGCUGAAAACAAGGCAAAGGCACAGAUUUUUGAGGAAAUUGACGCUCCUAGGAUGGGAUCUGCAGGAGGAGAUAAGCAAAAUGAAGAAAAAAAAGUAGAUGAAUUGAUAUUGGACCAGUCAAUCCAUGAGAUUGAUGAGGUCAAGAUAAACGAAAGCGCAAAAUUUAAGCGAGAAAGCUUAAAAAAUAGCUUUGACUCAAAAAAAAGCGAAAAAAUUAUCAGGAGCAGUGUAAGAUCUUCAACCAAAAACAGUCAAUCUAUGAAAAGAGAUGAAAAAUUGCCUGAUAUUAAAAAUAGCAGAGCUGAAAGCAAAGCUCCAAAGCCGAAAAAAGCUCGGGCAGGGCCUGAUGGAGCCCUUUUUAUUGAAUCUAUAGACGCAGAAAGAGCUUUAGAUAAAAGUGAAACUUGUUUGGAAUUUUUAUUGACUUCUUUCUGUAAACAUUUUCAACUUAAACCGAAGCAGGCAGCAGGUUUACUUACACAAGGAGGAAAAUAUUUAGCUCAUGUGAUAGCUAAAGGACUUAGAGGGAAGCAUAACCCAAUAGUCACAUGGUAUCAGUCAAUUUAUGCUAAUAUUAGACAUUUAGUAAAAUUAAUAGCCCAAGAAGAAGCAAAUGGCUCGAUUAACUUGAUUCUAUCCUCGCUCAAAUCAGGCUUCAUUUCUAAACAUAUUGAAACUGCUUUAUGGUGCUGUAGGCUAUUUGCUAACACUCUUCUAAUUCCCCCCCCCUUUUAAAUUGGAACAAAACAUAGGUAAAAUUUCCACUUUUUUGGUAAAUUAACCCCCCUUUAAAUUGGAAAAAAAUUUAAUUUUAUAAUAAAAAAAAUUAUAUAUAAAAAUCAUAAGUUUUAUGUAGAAAGAUUUGAUAUAAGUUAAAUGUUUCUUCUUAACUAAAAUUAAAAAUUUAGUUAUAUCUUGCUCUUGUUUAUAGAAUAGAGUAUAAAGAGCAUCUCUUAUUUAAAUAAAUUUAUUAGCCUUAAUUGCUAAAUUUUUGAAAAAUUUAAUUUUUUGUUUUUAAAAAAUUCAAAAAAAAAAUUUUAUUUUUUUUGAUAUUUUUUAUUUAAAUUAUUUUGAUAUAAAUUCAAUGCUAAUUCUUUACAAAAAUUGAAAAUUCACUUAUUUCUUGCUUUAUUUUAAAGAAUAGAGUAUAAAUGGCAUCUCAUUUAAACAAAAUUAGCACUUUGAUCCAUAAAUUUUCUAAAAUUUUUUUUAUCAAUAAAAAAUAAUAAUUUUUGUGUAAAAAUAGUUUUGAUACCAAUUAAUAGUUGCGUAUUAAUUAAUAAUAAAAAUUUAAUUAUAUCUUGCUUUGAUUUAAAAGGAUAAAGAGUUAAUAGCAUUUUAUUAAACAAAUUUAUUAAUCUAAUUCGAUAAAUUUUUGAAUUUGUUUUAUAAAAAAUUUUAUAUUGAUUUUUUUUAAAAAAAAUUUUCUUAACCCCCCUUUAAAUUGGAACAAAAAUUUUUAAUUCCAAUUUAAAGGGGGGGGGAGUAAGAAAAAGCAAAAUUUUUCUGCUCAUAUGAGAUGGAAAUCAUAUUUAUUUUUAAAUUUUUAAGCUAGGGAUCUUCUUAUAGCAAUUGUUAAAAUAUUUAAGUAAAUUUUUUUUUCUAGCUAUUAAAGAAGGGUUAAUUUUUUAAAUAAAAAUUCCAAUAAUUCUUUCUCGCUCUUAAAUGGGGAUGUAAGUUAGGCUCUGAUUUUUUAGAAUAUGAUAUGCUGCCUGCUGCUUGAGACUGGUUUGUAUCUGAUGGUGGAGGAAUAGAAGGCUGCUUAUUGGCUUGCAAAAGAUAUGGGCCUGACAUAAAAUCUCAAGUGGUAUCAGUUUUUGUGCAAUUUGCAAGAAACCACUUUUUGGAGCUUUUUUCUUUACAGUUAAGAAGUCAGAUUCCUGAAAGUAUUCACUAUUUGACCACAAUGAAUGAGUUUCUGCCUUCUCUUUGUGAGAUCAGAGCAGCUAAACAAGAAAUUGUAACCGCUGGUAUCGUUGACUUUUGAAUGGAAUUUGGGUUAAGAGAAGCAGAUGCCGACAACCGCAGGCCCCCAGAUGUCAGACUUGCAGCCUUGAAUUUUGUGUGUGAUAUAUGAAUUUAUCUCCCCACUACUAUUGAGCUCCAUGAAGAAUUUGCAAGCUCAAUUCUUACUUCUAUCAAGCGUGGCGCUCGUGAUAAGUACAGAAUCCUUAAGUUUGGGUGUUUAGGGAAGCUUUUCCAUUUAUUAGAUGCAUUUACUGCUGAGCGAAAUCCAUAUGCUCCUAUCAUAUAUAAAACACUAACAUUCUCAUUGGUCGAAAAUUAUGAUGAUCCGCUUGUGAGAGAAUUUAUAUUGGCCAACUUUAUUUCAACCUUUGUAAAUAUUCAAAGUAUUCCUGUUGGAAUUGUGGUUGAACCUUUAGUUAAGCAGCUUCAAGUGUCUCCUGAUCUUUCGUUCAAUACUGUGGAUUUUGACUUUCUCAUCACUAUUGCUAAGCAUCCAAGAUUGACUGUCAAACAUGCUAUCCAAGUUAUGGACAUUUUAGGUAAAAUUUAUAUUAAUGAGCCACUUUUUUCAAAAUCUGCAGCCAUACCUUUCAUGCUUGCUGCUUCUAGAUUCAUAGAUAACACCCCUGUGCAAGAAUACUUGUUUAGGUUCACCAAAUUUGGAAUGAAGCUUGUCUCAAGAGUAGCCAAGAAAAAGCCUAACUCCCCCCCCCCCCUCCGUGAGCGAACAAAAAAAAUUUUGUUCGCUCACGGAGGGGGUUAAUUUUUUUUUUUAAAAAAAAUUUAUAUAUAAAUUUUAUAAAAAAAUAUUUUUUUCGAAAUUUAAAAAAAAUCCUAAUUUGCAAAAAUUGGGAAAGCAAAUAUUAAUUUAAUUUGCAAAAUUUAUGUUUUUAAAACGCAAUUUGUUUAAAAUUAAACAGAAUUAGCUCUAGAUUUCAUUAUACUAAUUAUCACUUAUAUAUCAAAAUUUUUUUCCAUUAAAAUUUUUUCUAUUAAAAAAAUUUUUGUUCACUCACGGAGGGUGGGUUUUUGGUCAAAAAAUGGCGAUUUUUCUAAUGGUUUUGUUCGCUCACGGAGGGGGGGGGGGAGUAAGCAGAAGCCAAAAGAGAAAAAGGAGGAAGAAAAAGAAGAAUCAAAAGAGAGCGAUGAAGUCGUUGAUAAGGAUCUUAAAUCAAUUCAACAGAAAAAUGCAAUGCUUGAUAUGAUACAAAGGGUAAUAAAAUUGAGAAAUGAUAGCCUAAAUGACAGAAUCAAGCAAGAAAUGCUCGAAACAAAUAAAGAAAUCAAAACACAGACUGGAGAAAAUAGCAAGGGGAUACUGGCAGUUUUAAGAUUACUAGGAGAGCCAGAUGCUUUAGUAGAUAAUUUCGAUUUCCAAGAAAAGCAAAAAGCAGAAGAAGAGCAAGCAAAAGUUGCUGUCCAAGCUGCAGAACAAGAAGUGGCAGAGAAGCCAGUGGAGCCAAGAAGGAAAAGAAAUAAAGAAAAGCCGAUGCAGAGGUACAGGUCAAACUCUUCAUUCACUUCAGAAAACUCUAUUCAGCCUAGAGGAAGAGUUAUGUACGACAUUGAAAAAGUCAGACAGCUGAGAAUUGAAAAAGAAGUAGAAAGAAGAGUCCAAGAAGAAAAAGAAAAGCUUAAAUUAGCUAAAAGAAAAAGAGCCCUCAAACGGCAAGUUGAGAAAAGAAGAAUUGAGCUAGGCGUGGCAAGCAAAGUUCCCCAAGAAGCUGAAGUAAUUACAGAAGUGUCAAAAAUUGAAGAAAACAAUAAUGUUUUAAGAGAACUGACACUAGAUGAACAAGAAAAUAUCAAUAUCAUCCUAAAAAGGUAUGCAAGGGUGCUUAAGCUGCUGUUCAGAAAAUACUCAAGCACUGGCUAUACCAAAAAAAAGGUUGGAAAAGAAACCUUUGAUACUGCUGCUGAAAAAAGUGUCAGUCUAUACGAAGGGGAAUUUUAUAAGCUUCUGAAAGAGCAAGGAGUCACUUCUUCAAUGAUGAGCUUAGAUGAAUUUGGGCUUCUGAUGAAAACUUAUUGCCACAACAGACAAAGAAAAAGCGAAAUUAAGGUAGAUUUUAAUGAGUAUCAAGAACUCAUCGUCCAAGCUGCACUUUUUAUUUAUUCAAGACCUCCUAAAGAUCUAAGCCAUUACGCUCCAGUUGUAUCGGUGAAAACCAUAAAUAAAAUGGCAUUCGGUUCAAGAGAAAUUAGCUCUUCUAAUUUUCUCUCCUCAUGGAAUUUUAUUUAUGGGGUUGGGUUUUCUCUCGAGAACUUCUGCACAGCAAUAGCUGUUUAACUUUGGGGAUAACCAAAGGAACAGCUCCUCAGUGCACUCAAGAGGCUCAGAGUUUUACCUCUCAGCACAUCCCCACGGGGGGAUGACCCUUAGGCGGAACACGCGCAGGAGCUGAGUCAGGGCAGAGCGACGGCAACGCGCCGGACGAAGCGUCGAUAGAAGGCUUGGUCGAAUGGGCUAGCCACCGCGAUUCCAAGAUGGCUCCGUGACGGCACUAGUUUAGCUAAAAGCCCUUUUUAGGGCUGCGGCACUAGACACCUUAAACACCAAAUAAUUAAGUCAAGUUAAGUAUCGGUAAAAAACCCUUUUUGACCACUUUAGACGGUCAAGCUCAGAUAAAGGCGUUUCAACUAGAUUUUAUGAUGAGCCAGACCCAGGUGUAGGAGAUAGAGACGUUAUUAAAAGACUCAAUGUUCUUCUGCAAAAAGACCCAAAUACUCCACUCCCUGAUGGCUACAAAAGAGUCACUGAAAAAGAUGUCGAGAUUGUUUAUGAAGUCCCUGAAGCAUUGCAGCUGCCUGAAAGCAAAAAUGUUGUAUUGGGAUUGAUGGACGAUUUAAUAAGUGGGCUGUUUGGAACACACAUUUUAGAGCCUCAAAUAAAAUAUAAAACAGUUGUAAGAGCAAAAGGGGUGCUAGCUAGGCCUCAGCUCUAUCCUGUAGAAGAUAACACAAGUAUGAUAACAAGCUCGAAAGCAAAUCUGUCAUAUAUGGGGAUGUCAUCAUUUAAAGCAGCCUACCAAGCUCCUGCUCUGCCUUUUGAAUUAAUACUUACUCCAGGAAUAAAAUAUGAAGUUGCAAGGCUAUCAGGCAGGUAUCCGAAUGAUAUAAUUAAUGAAUGUGCCAAACUCCUUGAUGACUUGAUUUAUACAACUGAUCUUGGCGCAUUUCAGCUUGUAAGCAGAAAUGAAAAACCGAAAAUUAAAAACACAGCAAUGAUACAAAAAGAAGUGGCAAUACAGCAAAAAGAAAUGGAAUCUAAGGAGAGGGAACGCAAAAGACGCCUGAGAAAACAAAUAAUUGAAGAAAAGCUGCUAACUCCCCCCCCAUCCUUGAUCGAACGAUUGACUGUAAAAAUUCCUAAAAAUUGGGGAAAUUAACCCCCAUCCUUGAUCGAACGAUUUUUCAUAUCAUGCAAAUUUUUAUAUACAUAAAAAUAUAUUAGUUAUCAAAAGUUUGGGAAGAUGUACAUAAUUAAGUUUUUUUAGAGACUUUAGACGACAGAAAGCUUCGAAAUCAACCAUUCGAAGUGAUUUAGUCAUCAGCCUAGGCUUAAAAACUCAAUAAUCUAAUAAAAUAGAGAUCCUUUAAAAUUUUUAAAAAAAAAAAUUUAGUUUAAUAUAUAUAUUUUUUUAUUUUAUAUAUAUAAAAUUUUUUCCCCAAAAAAUUUUUUUUUAACCCCCAUCCUUGAUCGAACGAUGGCGGAUCGUUCGAUCAAGGAUGGGGGGGGAGUAGUAAAAGCAAAAGAGGAAAAAGAGAAAAAACAAAAGGAGGAAGAAGAAAAGAAAAAGCAAGAAGAAGAGCAAAAAGCUUUAAGAAGGCAAAAACAAAGGGCAAAAAGAGAGUUGGAAAAAAGCAGGAGGGAAGUUGAGAUAAAUGAAUGAAAGAAAAAAAGAAAUGAGGUAAGCCAGCAGAGGAAAGAGGAAGAAACUAAGAAAAAACAAGAAGAGGAGAUUAUGUCAAAAAAGAAAAGAGAAGCUAUUUUAUCAGAAAAAAGGAUGGAAGAAAUAAAACAGUGGAAAAUUAAAAAGGAAGAAGAAAACAAAAAGAAGGAAGAAGAAGAGAACAAGCUUAAAGAGCAAGAAGAAGAAAAAAAGCGAAAGCAGAGAGAAAGGUUCCUUAAAAAAGAAAAAGAAAAGCUAGAAAAUAAUCUUAAGGAGCAGUUAGCUCCACCUCUUAGCAAAUAAAAAUAUUGUAAAAAACACCAUCUAAAGUUUAUUUAAUAUAAUAAAUUAUAUUUUGAUGUAUAAGUGGCAAUUAAUAUAUGAACUCUCUAGUUAAUACCUUUGAUUUUAAACAGCUUGCAUUUUAAAACAUAUAUUUACAAAUUUAAUUAAUUUUGAUUCCAAUUUUUGCAAAUUGGGAUUAUAUCAAAUUAAAAUUAAAAAAAAAAGCCUCCCUCCUUGAGCGAAAAAAAAGCUUUUGGGCACUAAAUGAGGUGGAGAUUAACUUCCCCCCUUAAAUUGGAGCAAAGAUCCUGCUCCAAUUUAAAGGCGGAUUAAAUUUUCUCUAUAAAAAUUUUUAAAUAUUUAAAAAAAAUAUAAACUGAGCACAAUACUUUUAAUUUAAUUCAUUUUUUUUGAGGAGAAAAAUUAACAAACUUAAUCAAAUUAGUGUGAAAACCGUUCAAAUAGAUUUCUACUUGCACUUUUUCUAUUAAAUAAGGCCAAAACUAAUUUAUAAAAAUUAUUGUUUUCGCGCAAUUCUUUGAAUAAAAUGUUUUUUAUGAAAAAUUAAUCGAUUUGAGUGAAAAAUGUCUAAAUAAUAUCUAUUUGAACUUUUUAAUUAAUUAGGUCAAAUCUAUUUUUAUAAAAAUACAAAAAUUUUCCGAUAUUAUCGUUGCUUUGCUCCACUUUAAAGGGGAUGGAGUAAGCAAAAAAGAAACAAUGGCUAAGCAAGAAGAAGAAAAAAGGCGGCAAGAAGAAGCAAAAAUGGCAGAGAAAAGGAAAAAACUAACAGAAAGGCUGCUGAAAAACAAAUCAAAAAGAGAGCAAGAAAAAAAGCGGCCAAAAGAUGAGUCCGCGAGCGAAAAUUAA